AUGCCCUCGCCCGUCUCUUCCGCCUCGUACGCCAUCCUCGACGCCGCGCGUAACGCAUCGUCCGACCGCGCGGUCGAACGGAACAGCUCUCGUUUGAUCGCGUCUUUCCCGGGCGGUGGCGCGGAGUACAUGCCUAUCAGGUCCGCGUCGUUCGGCGCGCUCGACGCGGUCGCCGCCGCCGCCGCCGCGGCUUUUCGUUUCCUUCGUUCCUCCUCCUCCUCCUUCUCCUCUCUCGCCUUCCUCGCCCUCCUCGCGGCGUUGAAAUCUAGCUCGACGCCCUCGUCCGCGACCUCAUCCGCGACCGGCGCGCGCGCUGGCGCGCUGACGGGCGACAUCUCCACCGCGUCCGCUCUCUUCCACCGGCGGUUCCGCCACUCCUCUUCCGCUCUCUCCACCGACGCCGCGGACAGACCGGCGCGCUCGUCCUUCUCGCGCUCGUCGUCCCUCGCGUCUCUCGUCGCCCCGUCGUCUUCGUAG